AUGAAUACAGACACUUCGCCAAAUUUAACUCAUGAAGAGUUUGAAGAAAUUGACACAACAUUAACCAAGCCCAAAUUGGAGCUCAAGGAAAACGUAUCACUGUUGGAUCGUGGAAAAGGCAUCAAAAAGCAGUCAAGAACAAACUCGCUUUCACCUUCUACCCCAAUUGGUAAAACCAACAUGACUCGCGACCAAAUUAAAUACUGUGGAGCCAUCAUGAGAAAUCUGAAGAAGCACAGAGACGCAGCUCCUUUCUUACACCCUGUUGAUUAUGUGAAAUUGAACGUGCCUGAUUAUCCAAAAGUCAUCAAAUAUCCAAUGGACCUCACCACAGUAGACCGAAAGUUGAAUUCUGGAGAAUACGAUAAUGUAGAGGAUUUCAUCAGCGAUAUCAGAUUGGUUUUCAUGAAUUGCUACAAGUUCAACGGUCCCGAAGCCAUGAUCUCCAUGCUGUGUCAAAAUGUAGAAACAGCUUUCGAAAAGAGUUUGAGACAAAUGCCACCAUCUAAUAACGCAUCUACUCCUGCAAGAUCCUUAUCCCCUUUAUAUUAUGAUGAUGAUCAAGAAAAAGUCAAGAGAAGAAAGAAGAACCCCAAAUCCAAGGCAUCGCAAGAUGAUGUAGCCAUAGAAUCAGCAUCUCAUCGUGCCUCUGAAGACGGAAGACCAAAGAGAGAGAUCCAUCCACCACCCUCCAAAGACUAUCCUGAGCCAAUGACAAAAAGGCGUAAUCCUCGAAAGAAUGAUAUCCGUAUGAAGUUUUGCACUCAGACAUUGCGUGAAUUGAAGAAAAACAAGUAUAGAGACAUUAACUAUCCCUUCCUGGCUCCUGUUGAUGUCGUUGCUCUCAAUAUUCCUGACUAUGUUAACAUUGUCAAGCACCCAAUGGAUCUGGCCACUAUCGAAAGAAAGCUCACCGAGGGCGACUACAAUGAACCUGAGCAAUUCGAGCAAGACAUUCGUUUGAUGUUCAACAACUGUUAUCUAUACAACCCACCUACAUUACCUGUCCACAAAAUGGGUCGUGAGCUAGAAAAAGUUUUUGAUGAGAAAUGGGCUCAAAAACCUGCUACUCGCUCACCCUCGCCUGUCCUUGAUGAAGGAGGCGACGAUGAUGAAGAUGUUCUCGAUAGAGACGAUGAGGACAUGCAUGAAGCUGAUGACUCUGAUGAAGAUGACCGGGAUCAGAGAAUUGCAGAGCUUGAGCGCCACAUUGCAACUAUCACUCAGCAAAUUGCUUCGAUAAAAUCACAAAAGAAGAAGAAGCCAGAGAAGGUCAUUCGCCGUACAAGUAAGCCUGCUGUGAAGGAAAAGAAGCAGCCUGCUGUCACCAAGGAAAAGAGAAAGCGGGUGACAAAGAAGAAAGAGCCACAAACGGCUGCUAAAGUACCUGCCAAACAAGUCGUCGAGGAAUUCCCUGAAUUCACCUUUCAACAAAAGAAGGAUUUGAGUGAACAAAUCAACGAAUUGACAGGCGAUCGUUUGAACACUGUGGUCAAUAUCAUUCAGAGCUCAAUGCCUAAUUUGAAUGGAGGACAAGAGGAGAUUGUGUUGGACAUCGAUUCACUUGAUAGACGUACUCUGCACAGGUUGCAUGAAUUUGUAACUGGCGAAAGUCUGGUGCACAAGUCUUCUUCGCCGUCAUCAAAGAGAGCAAGAACUCAUUACUCAGAAAGAGACUCUGAUCGUCAAAUAAGACAACUCGAGAAGACAUUACAAAAGUUCAAUUCAGAUAACGAGUCCUCAAGUGAAAGCGAUUCUGAUAGCUCCUCAGGCUCUGAUUCCGAUGAUUCUGGCAGUAGUUCUGAUUAG